UAAAAAGGCGCCCCUCUGGCCAAUAUCUUUUCUUCUCCAGUUCAAAAACGGAGACGAAGGCCAUCGACGGCGAUCUUCGACGGCCCUAUCGAUCUCCGAUUGCCAAACUCGAAUCCACACAAAUAAGUCGAACUCUUCGAAUCCACAAAAAAACAAAAAAAAGUCGUAAUUGUGUGUGUGUUUCGAAACUUCUAGCGACUUUCUUCAAUCGCGUCCAGAUCUCAUGAUUCACCGUCCGAUCUCGUGGCGGCUCCGUAAACCUUGAUGCAACGACCUCAUGCUCGUUCCAGGUUGAAUCACAAAUCAGAUAUGGAUCAUACUCGACCUGGCCAACGAUCAUCCCUCCCCGUCAAAUCCAAGUGUAAACCGACGAAGAAAUCAAUUCUCCUCAUAAUCAUCGGCUCCAUCGCAAUCGCCUUGUUAAUAUUCUUCGUUUGCUAUAUGUUUUUACUCUCCGGAAGGAAUCACCGGAGAGUUUCGCUCCGUUACAGCGUCGUGAUCGACGGCGGGAGUUCGGGGACACGAGUACACGUGUUCGGGUACCGGAUUGAAUCCGGAAACCCGGUUUUCGAUUUCAGUGAAGGCGAAGGGUACGCUAGUAUGAAACUGAGUCCUGGUUUGUCUUCGUAUGCUGAUGAUCCGGAGGGAGCGAGUGUUUCGGUGAAGGAGCUUGUGGAGUUUGCGAAAGGGAGAGUUCCGAAGGGGGAGUUGAAGGAGAGUGAGAUUAGGUUGAUGGCCACUGCUGGGAUGAGAUUGCUUGAGUUGAUUGUUCAGGAACGGAUUCUUGAAGUUGCGAGAAGAGUUCUUAGAUCUUCAGGGUUUAAGUUCCGUGACGAAUCGGCCUCGGUUAUCUCUGGAUCUGAUGAAGGUAUAUAUGCUUGGGUUGUUGCAAAUCAUGCACUUGGUUCUUUAGGAGGUGAUCCUUUACAAACAACAGGAAUUGUUGAACUUGGUGGGGCUUCUACUCAGGUGACAUUUGUGUCAAGUGAGCAUGUGCCUUCUGAGUUCUUGCGUACCGUAUCUUAUGGUAAUGUUUCAUAUAGAAUCUACAGCCACAGCUUUCUCAACCUUGGGCAGGAUGCAGCACAUGAAAAACUAUGGGAAUCACUCAACAACUUAGCUGCAAACUCUACAGGAGAAGUAAUAGUUACUGAUCCUUGUACUCCAAAAGGAUACAUCGUCGACAAAAACUCUACAGGGGAAGGAAUAGUCUUACCUGAAGAAAGUAAAUUUACAGACUCACUUCAAGCUGCUGGUAAUUUCUCAAAGUGCCGAUCCGCUGCCUUCACCAUCUUGCAGGAAGGAAAAGAUAAAUGUCAUUAUAAGCAUUGCUCUAUUGGAGCAUCAUUCACACCUAAACUUCAAGGAAGUUUUUUGGCUACAGAGAAUUUCUUCCACACCUCAAAGUUUUUUGGGCUGAGAGAAAAAGAUUGGCUAUCUGAAAUGAUUGUAGCCGGAGAGAGUUUUUGUGGAGAUGAUUGGUCGAAGUUGAAAGUGAAACAUCCAACAUUUAAUGACGAGAAUUUACUUCGGUAUUGCUUCUCAUCAGCAUAUAUUAUCUCAAUGCUUCACGAUAGUCUUGGUGUCGCUCUUGAUGAUCAAAGAGUGGAGUUUGCAAGUACAGCAGGAGAAAAAGAUAUACCACUAGAUUGGGCAUUAGGAGCGUUUAUACUAAACACUGCAACAACCACUUCUGAUUCCAGUGGUAAAUCUAGAAAAAUUCUUCUUGAGUAGAGUAACGUAGCCAAAUACAAAAUAUAUAUGAUAUUAGUUACUAUGAAAAAUAUUGUUUCAGAAGUAAAUGAUGAUCAUAUAUUUGUAUUCACGUUUACUCUUGUUUAAGAUUAAAAGUCUUCAUUGUUCUCUUUUUAAGUUAGGUACAUGUAAAAAUAUUGGAUAUCAAGUUGAUGUAGAGUGGGGGGUUUUCCAAUGUAUUUUAUGAAUUUCAACAUUUUUUACAUAAAUGACAACUUAUUUCUUUUAAG